AUGCAUUACAAGAAGAAACCAGCUGAAAGCAAACUUGAAUUGUUAAAUGGUUUAAAAUAUGUGCGACCUGGAAAUGAUUUUAUUCCGAAAUUUCCUCUCUUUUGGCUUGUUGAUGUCAACGGAAAGAAACAACACCCUUUGUAUGAAUAUCUCAAGUUAUCUAUACCAUCGCCGAGAAAGGAUUUCGAAGAUCAUACGGCGAUAUUCUAUGAACCACAUCAUUCCGAUGAUAUUCGAUGGAAUUUUGAGAAGUUUCUGAUUGAUUUCAAUGGACAUCCAAUAAUGAGAUUUGAUAGUGAUGCUGAACCACUAUUCAUUCGACAAUUUAUUGAAAAACUUCUCCAGAUGAAAAAAUAUUUCGACAAGUAA